AUGGAAAUUAUAUGGAAUAAAUUACCAAUAAAAGAAUCAGAAGUUUGUUUAAGUAAAGUAUUAAGAUGUGGUCAAACUUUCAGAUGGAAGAAUUUAAAUAAUAUAUGGACUUUUUCAACAUCAGAUAGAAUUAUAUUGUUAAAACAAGACUCCAAUAAUAUCUACUACUCUCAUAUACUAAAUCAUCAACAAAAAUCCACCUCAACAACAAAAACAUUAGAUUUUAUAAAUGAUUACUUCACAUUAGACAUCAACUUAAAUAAAUUAUAUUCACAAUGGAAAUUAAAUCAUGAACCUUACAAGAAAAAUUCUAUCAGCUCGCCUUUUGAUUUAUUUACUGGGAUAAGAACGUUAAGACAAGAUCCAUGGGAAUGUUUGAUUUGUUUUAUAUGUUCAUCAAAUAAUAAUGUCAAGAGAAUUUCUAAAAUGUGUGAUAAUUUAUGUAUCAACUUUGGUGAUUAUAUAAAUACUUACGAAGGUCAUGCUUUUUACUCGUUUCCUACACCUAAACAGUUAUCCUGUCCAAGUACUGAAUCAAAACUAAGAGAACUAGGAUUUGGGUAUAGAGCUAGUUAUAUCUACAAGACUGCUAGAAUGUUCAUGGAUGAUUCACAUCCAGAUAUUACAUUACAAAAUUUAAACAAUUUAAGAAAUAUCUCAUAUGAAGAGAGUCAUAAAUUUUUAAUACAAUUAUGCGGAGUUGGACCAAAAGUUGCAGAUUGUAUAUGCCUAAUGUCAUUAGAUAAAUCAGACAUUGUACCAAUUGAUACCCACAUAUAUCAAAUUGCAAUGAGAGAUUUUAAAUUUAAAGGCUCUAAAACCAAGACACUCAAUUUAAAAAUGCAUCAAGAGAUUAGGUCUUAUUUCAAGGACAUAUUUGGUGAAUACGCUGGUUGGGCUCAAUCUGUUUUAUUUGCUGCUGAUUUAAGUGAUUUAAAUAAUGGUAUUAAUGAUAUUGAAGCUGUCAAAGAAGAAAUUAAAGAGGAAAUAAUUCAGGUAGUUGAAAAGAAAAGCAAUAAAAGAAAGGUGCUUACUAACAUAGAGACUAAUACCAAGAAGAUAAAAAGAAGUAAAAUAGUAAAAGUAGAGGUGUAA